AUGUCGGGCACCGGUCCCAGAGAGAAUAUCUUCCCCACGCGGAUGGCCCUGACGAACACCAAGCUCCGUCUCAAGGGUGCCCAGACCGGCCACUCCCUCCUCGCAAAGAAGCGUGAUGCGCUCACGACCCGCUUCCGCGCGAUUCUCCGUCGAGUCGACGAGGCGAAGCGAAAGAUGGGCCGGGUGAUGCAGCUCGCCUCGUUCUCGCUCGCGGAGGUGACAUAUGCGACGGGCGACAUCUCGUACCUCGUGCAGGAGCAGGCCAAGUCUGCGUCAUUCAAGGUGAAGGCGAAGCAGGAGAACGUCUCGGGCGUGGUCCUCCCUGCGUUCGAGGUUGAUCGGGUCCCGGGCUCUGAUUUCAACCUUACGGGUCUCGGCCGUGGUGGCCAGCAGGUAUUGCGCGCGAAGGAAGUUUACGCCAAGGCGGUUGAGACCCUGGUCGAGCUCGCAUCUCUCCAAACCGCGUUCAUGAUCUUGGACGAAGUCAUUCGCGCAACGAACCGUCGAGUGAACGCCAUUGAACACGUCGUCAUCCCAAGGUUGGAGAACACGAUCAAAUACAUCACUAGCGAACUGGACGAGAUGGAUAGAGAAGAGUUCUUCCGCCUGAAGAAGGUGCAAGGGAAGAAGAAACGAGAUGCAGAGAUCGCGGAGGCCACUCGCAAAGCGCAAAUUGAAGCCGGCGAAGAAACUCCUCCGCUGGACCUCGCCGAAGAGAGUGCCGGGGAUCUUCUGAGCAGCAAAGACGAGGAUGUAAUUUUCUAG